AUGGCGAUCGAGACGGAGCCCGCCGCGCCGCCCCGCCUCCUGGGCCCUCCGGUAGUUCGCGGCGUGCGCCCGCCCGCCGACUCAGCCGCCGACCCCGCGUCGCACCCCUUCCUCGACCUCCUCGACGCGGCCUUCAACGCGCCGUCGGACGCGGAGAUCAAGGCGGCGCUGACGCCGCGGCGCGCGCUCACCGAGAACUGCUCGGCCACGUACGCUAACUCCGGCAACCCCUGCCUCGACUUCUUCUUCCAGGUGGUGCCCGACACGCCGCCCGAGCGCGUGCGCGGCCUGCUCGCCGCCGCCUGGGCCCACGACGCGCUCACGGCGCUCAAGCUCGCCUGCAACCUCCGCGGCGUCCGCGGCACCGGCAAGUCGGACAAGGAAGGCUUCUACGCGGCCGCGCUCUGGAUGCACGAGCACCACCCCCGGACGCUCGCCUGCAACGUCGCCGCGCUCGCCGAGUUCGGCUACCUCAAGGACUUCCCCGAGCUGCUCUUCCGCCUCAUCCACGGCCCCGACGUGCGCAAGGUCGCCAAGGCGGCCGCCGAGGCCGACAAGGCCACCUUCGGUGAUUUCCUCGCCGCCGCGCUCUACAAAUCCCGCAAGAGCAAGGCCGUGGUGGUUGAGGUCGUCCCUGUGCCCGUCGCGGUCCAGGAGGCAGCCAACCAGAAGCAGGAGGCGAUGGAGGCCGCCCUUGUCCCCGUCGCCGUCCCGGAGGCAGCCAAGCAGAAGCCGGCCGAGGCGAUGGAGGCCGUCCAUGUGCCCGUCGCGGUCCCGGAGUCAGCUGAGCAGGAGCUGGAGGCGAUGGAGGUGGAUCAGACGACCCCAAGUAAGCGGCAGAUGUCCAAGAAGGUCCGGAAGGCGGCCAAGCUGGCUGUACAGUCGCUGGAGACGUACUACGGCGACCGCGCCUACCGAUUCCUAUUCGACGCCGUCGCGGACUUCUUCGCCGCGCUCCUCGCCUCGGACCUGGAGCAGCUUGCCCACAGCGGGAAGAGGAAGAUCGGGCUCGCCGCCAAGUGGUGCCCCACGCCGGGCUCGUCGUUCGACCGCACCACUUUGCUCUGCGAGGCCAUCGCCCGUCGCCUCUUCCCGCGCGACUCUGACCCCGAGUACGCCCAACUCUCCGACGAGCACUACACGUACCGCGCCCUCCACCGCCUCCGUCGCGAGGUGCUGGUGCCGCUGCGCAAGGUCCUGAAGCUACCGGAGGUGUACAUGUGCGCGCAGCAGUGGUCCGAGCUCCCCUACACUCGCGUGGCCUCGGUGGCCAUGACGCGCUACAAGUUUCUGUUCAAGAAGCACGACGAGGUGCGCUUCGGCAGGUACCUGGAUGACGUAGAGGCCGGCAAGGCCAAGAUCUCGGCGGGCGCACUCCUGCCACACGAGAUCGGCGCGGCCGCGCUCCGUGGCCAGGAGGACGACGUCUCGGAGCUUCAGUGGCGCCGUAUGGUGGACGACCUCCGGUCCAAGGGGUCGCUGCGCAACUGCAUCUCCGUCUGCGACGUGUCCGGCAGCAUGAGCGGCACCCCAAUGGAGGUGUGCAUCGCGCUGGGGGUGCUCACGUCGGAGCUCAGCGAGAGGCCGUGGAAGGGCAAGGUGAUCACGUUCCAUUCAAGGCCCUCGAUCCACCUGAUCAAAGGCAAUACCCUGCGGGAGAAGAUGAAGUUCGUGGAGCGCUUGGAGUGGGGCGGGAGCACCAACUUCCAAAGGGUGUUUGACCAGAUCCUCCGUACGGCCGUGGACGCCGGACUCGCGCCGCAGAAGAUGAUCAGGACCGUGUUCGUGUACAGCGACAUGGAGUUCAACAUGGCGUCAGGCGCCUACUACGGCGGGGAACCGUCGUGGGACAGUGACUACGAGGUGAUUUGCAAGAAGUUCAGGGCCGCCGGCUACGGCGACGUGGUGCCGCAGAUCGUCUUCUGGAACCUGCGCGACUCCAGGUCGAUGCCGGUGACGUCGACCCAGCCCGGGGUGGCCAUGGUGAGCGGCUUCUCCAAGAACAUCCUCAAGAUCUUCCUGCAGAACGGCGGCGUGGUGAACCCCGAGGCCAUCAUGAUGCAGGCCAUCGCCGGCGACGAGUACCAGAAGCUGGCCGUGUUCGACUAG